UGAUGAUGAUUGAAGCCAGCUAGAAAGAAGGAAUGGACAUAGUUGGUUACCAAUAUGAACCCACUACCAAAGAAGAAGAAAAAAAUAGUAAUUAAUCAAUGAAUAAAAAAAUUCCAUUUGUAUGUUGAUUAUAUUAUGAUUAACACAAGAACAAGAAUGCAAGAGUUUUCAAAUAGCAAAUUAGUAGAAUGGCAUUAUUUCCAUCAAAAUAUUCAUCAAGGUCUAGGUCCUCUCUCCCAUUCUUGGUUUUCCUCUUAAUUGCUGCCUUUUUUGUUUUCAAGGUAGAUAUAUUGAUAUCUCAGUCGUUUAGUUCAGCCCGUCGCAACCUGGAAAACACUCCUAAUCGUAUCGUUGUGAACUCCAACAAACCACCACAACAACGUGUUGACAGCCUCCCUUUAGUUUUAGUAAAUGGUACAUUUGACCAACACAUUUUGAUAUCAUGGGGAGAUGACAGAGGAAAAAUACUUGAAAACGGAGAGCUUUUAACACUCUCCUUAGACAAGUUGUCUGGAUCAGGAUUCCAGUCCAAAAAAGAGUACCUCUUUGCUAAAAUUGAUAUGCAAAUUAAGCUCGUCCCUGGAAACUCAGCUGGCACUGUUACUACAUUUUACUUAUCAUCACAAGGGAACAAGCAUGAUGAAAUAGAUUUUGAAUUCUUGGGGAAUUCAACAGGGAAUCCUUAUACUCUUCAUACUAAUGUUUUCAGUUUAGGCCAAGGCAACAGGGAACAACAAUUCUUCUUGUGGUUUGAUCCAACUGCAGAUUACCACACUUAUUCAAUCCUAUGGAAUUCUAAAUGUAUUAUAUUCUAUGUUGAUGGAAUACCAAUUAGAGAGUACAAGAAUCCAGAGAGAAUUGGUGUUUCAUAUCCAAAAUUCCAACCAAUGAGACUAUACUCAAGUCUAUGGAAUGCAGAUGAUUGGGCUACACAAGGUGGUCGUGUCAAAACUAAUUGGAAAUUGGCACCUUUUGUUGCUUCCUACAAAAAUUUCACAUAUGAAGCUUGCAUUUAUUCAAGAUUAACUAGCUCCUCUUCAUGCGAUAGCAACAACGCAUGGUUAACGUACGAGUUAGACCGAACAAGUCGCCUUAGAAUGAAAGCUUUACAGAAAAAACAUAUGAUUUAUGAUUAUUGCAAUGAUAAAUGGAGAUUUCCUAAAGGCCCUGCACCUGAAUGCAAGCUUCAAUAACAAUACAAACAUUAUAAGCUUUCACAUAGAUCUUGUAUUUUCGGAAUUUUAUGUUUUAAAUUCCUCGGAGAAAAGAAAGA